CCUCCCCGCAUUCCGCGUGCUCGGUAUGAUUACACCACCAACACUAACGCGUUCACACUCACACGUUUCCAAAUCGCCUUGCUGUUAGGACGAUCCGCAUCGUUCGCGCGCGCACAUCGGAGUCCCUCACAUAAGGCACCGGGUGCAGGUAAUGCCAGCAGAGACUCGACGAUGCCUGGAAUCUACAUGAUAAUGGCCAUGUUGGUCCAAGUCAUUGCCCAAGAACCAGAGGAACCCGUCACUUACACAUGCACCGAUGGCUAUGAGUACGAUCCUAUCAGACAAGUGUGCAAAGACAUCGAUGAGUGCGCCAUCGUUCCCGAUGCCUGCAAAGGGGGUAUGAAGUGCUAUAACCACUUUGGUGGAUACCUAUGUCUGCCACAGAAUGCGCAAAUCUUUGUAAGCAGAGGACAUGAGAUGGCUCAGCCUACCGAACCGAGUCCCCCCAACCCUCCAGUCCCUCCAAACACGAACUCUCAAAAUCUCCAGCUGGCAAGCCUGCCCGAGCGCCGACCGUCUGGUCCCCACAGGCCCAUACACUGCUCGUCUGGUUUCACCUUGGAUGAGCAGAAUUACUGUAGAGAUAUAGAUGAGUGUAAUACAGGAAGGCACACAUGCGGUCCAGAUCAGAUCUGUUAUAACACUCGAGGAUCUUUCCUGUGCCAGUGCACACCAGGAUACCAGAAGAAUGGUGACCAAUGUGUGGAUAGAGACGAGUGCCUCAUGUCACACUACUGCAUGCACAGAUGUGUGAACGUCCCAGGAUCCUACUACUGCGAGUGUAACCCUGGCUACCAGCUGGCCAGCAACAACCACAGCUGUGUGGACGUGAACGAGUGUCAAGCGAAUCAGCCGUGUGAUCAUCAGUGCUACAACCUUAUGGGCUCCUUUAUCUGCCACUGUAACCAGGGUUAUGAGCUGGCAGCAGACUCCGUUUCCUGUAUAGACAUUGACGAGUGUGCCUUCUCGCGCUACAUGUGCCAAUACGCCUGCAUUAACAGCCCUGGAGAAUAUUCCUGCACUUGCCCUGAAGGAUAUGAGCUCCAGGGAACAAGAACGUGUCAAGACAUUAAUGAGUGUGAAACCGGCCACAAAUGCAGCGAGGAUGAGUUCUGCUGGAACUACUACGGAGGCUUCCGGUGUUACCCGAAAAACCCCUGUCAAGAGCCUUAUGUGCGCACGACAGAAAACCGCUGUGUCUGUUCAUCUACGAGUGCGUGCCGUGGCUUGCCACAGUCCAUCGUCUACAAGUACAUGAACAUUCACUCUGACCGGACCGUACCAGCAGACAUUUUCCAGAUCCAAGCCACCAACAUCUACAGCAACACGCACAACACCUUCAGGAUCAGAUCCGGCAAUGAAGGAGGAGAGUUCUUCCUGAGGCGUUCCAGCAACGUCAGCGCAAUGCUGGUGUUGACCAAGUCCCUAGAGGGCCCUCUUGAGAUAAUCAUCGAUCUAGAGAUGAUCACCCACCACACCGCCACAAACUAUCGCUCCAGCUCCUUAUUACGGCUUACCAUCAUCGUGGGACCGUUCUCCUUCUAACGGCUGCUCUACUGCCUCUUCACAUGUUUAAACAUAUCCAAUAUGCUACAUUCUUGUUCCCUACCAUCACAGUGCCAAGAAUUUAUCAACUGUGCAAGUUGAGUCUUUUUUUUUUUAAUACUUUAUGUUCUGUAUAGUUGAUCGUGCUCUUCUAUGGGGACGGCCGAUAUGAAUAACGAGUCGAUAGACAAGGCGUCCGCUAGCAGUGAGUUGCAGAGGAAUAUGUGGCUUUAACUAACCAGAGAUGAUGAAAGUGUGCGUUUAACAGGAUCUUUUGUGACAAUGAGACAAAGUAAGUCAUGGAGAGACAGGGAUUGAUGCUAGGUAUAGUUCAGUAUAACAGUAUAAUGUCUUCUUUUUCAUUUCCAAUUUAUGUCAUAAUAGCAGGGAGCCCGUUUUAUUUCCGACCCACAUCACUAGUUCGUUCUUCUUUAAAUAUAAGCACCGAGUGGUGAGUGUGUGACCUUGUUAUCCUGUGUGAGUUGGACACAAAUUAAACUCUAAGCUAGUUUUUUCUCCUUUCUUGAACCCUGUCCAAUGGCUCAGUUCCAGUAUUGACUAAAAUGUUCUCAGGCAACGUAAUUAAUGAAGUGAAAUCAUUUUUAAUCCCGAGGACAAAACAUUCUGUUCUGAGGGUAUUUCGAACAGCGCUGGAGUGUUUGCAGCGUCUGUUGAUGAAAGAGUUAGGCACUGUUUAUGUGGUUGGAUGAUGCCACGUUAAUAAAUCUACGUUGAUUCAUUUCCUUUUUCCGUUUAUGAACGUUGCUUUGGAGCUAGUCUCAGUGGCAACAAUAAAUAGCCAGGAAAUGAUGGCAAAUGCCACAGUACGGCAGAGCUUUUGAGUGUUUCCCACAAAUGGAUUAAACGGACUAAUGCAGUGGAAAGCACUUGGCCAUCUUUAUUAGUUCCAGUGAGGUUAUUCUGAGGGGAAAAAAAAAUCUCUCUUCCCAGUCCAAGCUAUCAAUCAGCCAAAUAUUGGGUGUACUUUGAAGAUUUGUAUGGGUGAAUUCAGGAUGUAGUCAUGAUCCAUGCUAAAGCAGGACGUUUCUUAGUUCGUCUUGUAGCCACGUUACACGUUACAGCCCCAUCGUACGUGCAGCACUGAUGAAGUUGGGAAUAAUCGACUUCAACAUACCUUCCUCAAGCCUUUAAGGUGUUUUGUUUUUAACUGUAAUCCUUGUAUAAUAUGUAGUUCAAUCUCCAAAGUCUAACAUGCAGUGCCUUAUAUAUAUGAAUACAGUAAUAACU